UUGUAGCAUCGCCUCAAACUAAAACUUAAUUCAUUCACAUUUUAAGAAACGAAUCCUGUGAGAUGAACAGAGAAGGGGAAAAGAGAAGCACACCUCGGAGCCACAAACCACUAAAGACGCAGCAACUUGGCAUUCACAAAAAGAAGAAUGAAAAAGCGCAGAAGGCCGGUGUGAGCGAGUCUGUGAAGGAGGUCAGCCCUAUGGCUCCUCAGGGAAAGCGACAGGGGACAGUGUCCCCCACGAGCUCCUCCGCUGAAAGCCCGGGUGUCCCCGGAGCGCACAGAAAACUUUCAGACGCAAGCAACACUUCAGAGGAGCUGAGUAAAGACUCUGGCUGUCUGUCUGCAAAACUGUCCUCCUCUGACAGCGACACAGAGUUAAGCUGGAUCGACGGCAGAGCUUAUGAGAGCCCAGACAGCGAGGGGAAAGAGGAGAAGGAGACUGGAGUGGAGGCUCCAAAGCCGGGUUUGUUUAGCUCCGCUGGGGCAUACAUGGAGCUAAUCAUGGGGGAGACCACCGAGGACCUGGCCAGGGAGGUGGAGGAUCUCAGAUCAGAGAAUGAAUAUCUCAAAGAUGAACUGGAGGAGCUACGAUGUGAGAUGUUGGAAAUCAGAGACUUGUUUCAGGAAGAAGAGGUCUACCAAAUACAGCAGUUGCGACUUCAGCUAGAUCAGGCCAACAAAACAUGCCGCAUCCUGCAGUACCGCCUCCGAAAGGCAGAGCGGCGCAGUAUUCGAGUAGCACAGACGGGGCAAGUGGACGGAGAACUGGUCCGAUCUCUGGAACACGACAUUAAGGUUGCGAAAAGUGUUUCACUCCGACUCUAUAAUGAGUUGGAAGCAGUGCAGAAGAAGAAUUUGCAGCUGGAAUGGGAGAACGAGGUGCUCGGUCAGAAAACACAGGAGCUGGAGGUGGCCAAGCAAGUGCUGCAGGCCGAGGCUGAGAAGGCCAGGGAGAGCUCUGUGAAAAAGAAGAGUGUCAGAUCCUCUAGUGGUAAAGCUGAGAAGAGGCUGUCUCAGAUCGAGGAUGACAGCGCUGAUCUCAGGUGCCAACUCCACUUUGCAAAGGAGGAAUUAUCUCUCAUGUGCAAGAAGCUCACCAAGUUGGUAUCAGACAGCGAAGGCAUGCAGGAUGAACUGACCAAGUACCGUGCAGUUUAUGGUGACAUUCACAAUGCUCAGCUGCCUGAAGGCCAGCAGAACUCUGCUCGUGCCCGAGAGGCAGAGGUCAAAAACCACUUAAAACUGGUGGAGGAGGAAGCUACACUUUUAAGUCGUCGAAUUGUUGAGCUGGAAGUGGAGAAUCGUGGUUUGAGAGCUGAAAUGAGUGAUCUAAGAGAGAAGACUGGUGCAGGCAUGGAGGACGAAGAGACUGAUAAUACUGCAAUAGAACAGGACAGAGAGGGACAGACACAAACUUCAAGGGAGCAAGCAAUUGAUGAAAUUUCUAAGGUACAAGGUGCUGCAGAGAUGGCUUUGAUUUCAGAAGUCUCUGCUUGUGACAUCACUAGAGAGGGUCCCGUGGGUGGCGAAUGGGACCCGUCCGACAACCACGAAAGCAGCAGUGACCAAAAACAAGGCAACUGCUUCAAUCUGAUGUCCCAGAAAGACUAUGAAACCAUGCUAGCACUCCGAGAUCACUCUUGCAUUCUGAGCUCAGCUAUUCAACUGUUGAUGAUGCCCCCGAAAAAUGGGCAUUGCUCGUCUCCCUCAUGCACAUACACUCCACCAAUAGAAAAUGAUCUGAAGAAAACAAACUGCUUUUUCCCAGGGCCUUUAAAUGAGGCGCUGGAGCUGUUUCAGACCAUGCUCCUGGCUUUCAUCAGGAGGGUGGAGGCUCUACUGAUGGGGGGAGAUUUAGACCAACGCACAUCCCACACUGAAGCCCAUGUUUGGCUGCCAUGCGCGUUCACUUUCCCAUCUGGAGACAGUACAGGCGACUUUCAGAAGUCAUCAAGUAAACAAGAGUGUGUGGAGGACCUGCGCACUGCGGAGGUGAAAGAGAGAGCCAGACAAAGUAAACAGACUGCUUUAAUACACACAGAUUAUAUGCACCGCUGCAGGGAUCCAAAAAUGCAACAGUGUCUACAGAUCCUGUGGCUGCUGCAUCAAUGGUGCCAAGGAGAAAAUGAGAGCACAAGCCUAACCAUGUCAGAGCUCAGUGGACUGUUGCGGGACGUGGCUGCACAGCUUCAGGAUGAGCCGAUCAGAUUUGACAGAGAGUCCAGAGCCACGCGGGGCAAGGCAGCUGAGUGUCCUGCUAGCAGUGUUUUCGACAGUGUACUCCCUCUAUCUCCCAGAGCACAUGUCUCUAAAGGAACCAGGCGCUAUCUUUAUCAGUGUAACAGAAAAAUUAAAAACUGGUGCUACACAAACCAGGAGGCUGCCCAGCUGGACCGAGAAGACCCUGUUAAAACAUGGGACCACCUAAUAAUGCCGCUUAGUUUCCCUGGUCUAGACUUCGAUCAGAUGUCUAUGGAGAGAAGCAACACCGCCCCGGAGAAAACAGCUGUUCGAAUCUACUACAGCCCUCCAUCGCGACGCAGAGUAGCUAUGGCUCAACACAAACAAAGCUGUAUGGUAGACAGGGAAUCAGUUACCACUACCUCCCCAUGGUUCACGCCACCCACGUCCUUUUCUGCGCUUGGUCUGGACUCAAAUUUAAGUGAUGAUAUGAAAGAAAUUACUGCAAGUUUGAGGGGCGCACAAGAGAGAUGGGUGAACACAGCUAGUUCAGGUACACAAACUCAGACAAAGCCGCAGAUGGUAAGUGUGGCUAUGCAAACCGAAGUCUCCCAUGGCCUUGUGUCCCUUAGGAGCCCAAAUCGUGUCCUGAGCGCCUCCCUUUCCUCCAUUCCUCCUCCCCUCUCCUCUUCUGUGAAUGGGGUUAUAGGGCGAGCAGAGCGGCCCAGAGGUACGACUACAUCCCCCAAGCUUCGCAGACACUCUUCAUCAAUACCUUCAUCUAUGUCGCCAUCUUCAUCAUCAUCAAGCAGGGAUAGAGCAAUGUGGAACCUAGCACAACAAAAUCACAAUGGACUGACAUGGACGAGGCAAGCUAGUCAGAGAGUAGCAGUGAGUAACAGCGAGCAGGCAGAACGCAGCAUCAAACCUCCAACUAAACCAGCAACUGCCAACAAAUGCGGGCUUGUAACCGAGUUUUUACGAAGGGUGAGUGGAAGAGCCGACAAGCCCACGCAGAGUACCGGGCAGAAAACCAAAAGCAGCAGUCCCCUCAAGAACUUGGAGCGGGUCCCGACAAGGCCGUCUGGAACUCCACUGCAGAGGAGUGACAGUGUGACCAGGAUCGUAAACCAGCGCUUCAUGAAACAGAGAGAGGACAGAGCCAAUGGACAGAGCCAAAGCCAGGGAGUGCGCCUGAACCCUGUCCCAGGAGAGGAAUCCAAUUAUGAGUGUGGCUCUGGUGGUUCUUUGUCUUUUUGUUUUUCACGUCCUGCACGCUCCACACCUCGGCCAACUUCACACCAGGGCAAAGUGCAGCCGCGCAGAUCCACCCCUCCUCACUCCAGCUGUGCAUGAGUCCUGCUCAGUGUACAAAUGUAUAAGAUAUUCUUGGGAUUCGAAAUCCUGCUUGUGGGUGCCAUUUUGAGCACUUUUUACCAUUCAAAAUAGUAUUUUGUUUUGAAUAGUUAAUUGGCAUGGCAACAGUGCUCUUUUUCAUCACUCUGAAUUCCAUGGACAGAAGAGAUCCAAUUGUACGAAUAUGUAAUUAUGUUAAAGGACUCAUAUCACAUGAUUUUUCAAUCUGUUUCCUCAUCACAAACAUACUUGGAGUUGUGUUUUGUUUCAUUCACAGACAUUUAACACACAAACCAUGCAUAUUUAGGCUUUAGAGUUCUUCUCUCAAACUAAAAACACCUCAAUACACCUUCACUAGAAUCAUUUGGAUGAUUUCUGCUGUGGUAUUGCCAAUCUCUAAACAAAAGUAUAAACAUAACUGUUAACUUGAAAACUACAACACAUGACAUCACAAGGUGGAACAGAGCAUUUUGAGCUUUGGAGAUCCGGACAGCCUUAUAAUAAAGGGUUACUCAAAUGUGUGAAUGAAACAAAACACAACUCCAGGUCUGUUUUUGAGGGAGAAACAACAUUCUAACAUGACUAAAAGCUCACAAGACUCAUGUUUGUGUAGUACAGGACCUCUAAGAUGAGUUGUAUGAUGGUACUUUUAACUAAGUUACCUGAUAAUAUUCAUUUGGUGCAAUCUAUAGAAAUAAUAAUGUGACAGUAUAUACUGAAAUAUUUGGAAAUGUUUUAUAUUGAUCUAUGUAGCAUUUUGUAUACCAUAUCAUUUAAUGAAUAAAAAUA